CUGAAAAAUUACGACAUCGAAAAAGAGGCAAAUGAGGCUGCGAAAAGUGUAAAUGUCGAGAAUUACUGCCAGGAACUCGCGCAGAGGUUGGAACAAAGUAUAAAUGAGGCUAUGGAAGAUGUAAUAGAAUACGUGGCAAAAUUUAAGGAACAAGUGUUGGCUAUUCUGCGAGAAGAGGAGGAAAGGGAGGAACUGAGAGAUGUAGCUGAAAAUACCGAAAGACCUGAUGCAAAGUUUAAAUCUUUACCAGAUGCCUUACACAAUAUUGUUGAGCAACUGCGAAAGCUGCAGGAAGACAGAGAAAUUAUUUGCAACUGUCUAACAACUGCAGUCAACGAAUAUCCACUUAUUUUGCAAAGACAAAUUACCGAAGAAGUUGGAGGUGUAAUAGAGAAGGUUUCAGUCGCCGCGAAAAACUUGCUUGUGAAACUCGAAGUAAGAGAGCCAGACGAGGAAAGUUUCGCGUCAAUAGCUGACACUGGUGCAAGUUUAGAGGUACUGGCGAAAAGCGAGUCAAAAGACGAUAGUAAAGACUUACCAGUUGCAGAGAAAAUGGAAAGCGAAGUUCUAACAUCAAGCAAAUCAAUAGCUGAAGCAGCUAUGAGCUUAGGAGAAGAUGAAGGAGACGAAAUGCCGAGAUGCGAGUUGAAUGAUAACAGCAAAAAGCUGUCAAUCACAGAACGAAACGAUAACCAACUCACCACAACAAGAUCAUUAAUAGAUGAACCGCAGGUAGCCACAAGUUCAGCCGAUGGUUAUGGGGAGAAAUUGGAGAGAAGUGAGUCGGACAAAAGCAGCGCAAAUAUGCCAAUCACCGAGCUAGGGGAUGAACACGUGAUUCCAACUCCUCCACCACCUCCCCCUGUCAAAUCAUUGUACCUUGACAAGGUGGACGAAAUUAAUGAGCGCAUUCUGGCACACAGGAAACAUCAAGUUAACCAAGUAAAAAGGGAGCUAAACUUUGCCAUCGCGAGGUUGACCUCUGAAGUCAUAACUUCAUACGAGCAAGCUAGUGCUCUACAGAAACAAAAUUCACCUGUGCUGGAAAAAUCAAUGAUCGAAUUCUUGAAAAAUCAAGAAACUAAGAAGACAUUUUUUAUCAAAGAAAUUACUGAGCGCCUACACACAGUUUUAAGAAUGCUUACAUCGGAACUGGGAGUAAAUGACCCAAACCUGGAGCUUCGGAACCUCAAUGAGACAGUGAAGUUGUUGCAUCUCUUACAAAGUACCAGAGCAUGCCACUUAGAGAAGAUUUCUGUCACGACGAUUAUGAAUGAAACAAAUGGAGUCUUGUUUUAUUUACUACUAUUUGUAGGCGUUUUUCUGAUUGUCUUGACUUUGAGUUUAAAUGGAGAGUGGCUCGCUUUGAUGAUGUUUGUGGCAAUCAUUUUUAUCUUUAUUGUUAAGGCGUGGCAAGGAAUAUUCUCUUCCAGAAAAAGGAAAAUUGAAGGAUUUGGAAGAGUAAAAAAGCCUGUAAAGAUUGAUUGAACCGUUUUCUUCUAAUUUACGCAAUUUUGCAAGGCUAAAUGACAUAACUGACUUAAGGCAUGUACAGUUGACUACAUACUCUACUCUUCAUGCUUUUUCAGAUUCAAUAAAAGAGAUUGAUAAAUCAGAGUUAUUUUGGAAUGCACAGUAGUCUGAUUGGUAAUCUCAAAGACCCUUUUUGCCAAAAUGGAGAGCUGGAGUGCCUGGUGGGGGAAGUAAGCUUAAACCUUUACAGCAAGUGAAGUAAGAACCCAUUAAGCACGAGUGGUGCCAGGUCGACGGCAACCUCGUUCCCAGGUUCUCUCUACUACGGGUAGGAGAGAACCCUGGGAAGGAGGUUGGCUCGACGGUAAAUUGUGGAGUAUGGCCCAGUUCGUCUGUAUUGUAUUCGCCUAAGAAACGGAACAGCUAAAUAGAGAUGGUGUCUUAUCAAAUCCAAGUCGGUGAUUCGUAAUAACAGAAACUUCGACAACUUCCUUAAAUAGCCAUUAAGGUCUCUCUCAGUGCAAACUGCAUUCCAGGUGUAAUCUGAACUUUACGAAAAAUUUGACGCUGGAUGGCUCUGAUCAUCUGUCUGAAUAACAACUCAUAUUACACCUUGAGAUUACCAUCCAAGUAUUAAGCACAAUACGAAACUAACAAUUCCAUAUUUCCCCGUUUUUGAGGUUGUCUUGCCGUCAUAUCUCCCCAUGGUGUAUGUAAUGCACCAAUUCCUCAAAUUUCACAGCGCGUCGUGGAAUGUAAAAUUUAUUGCUAUGUCAUUAUCCCUUCCGUUCUGUCAGUUUUUCUUCCCUCUUUCGGGUUGGCGAACCGUUUCCCCUUUUUUUUGUUUUUUGUUUUUUGUUGCUUUUCCUUUUUGUUGUUGUUGUUGCUUGUUUGUUUUUCUUUUUUUAAGCAAAUUCCACAGAUUUGUGUCGUUUUCUCGUACCCACGUCACUUGACCACUUAUUCGGCCUCAUCUUUAAGAGACUUGGGCACUAGACUUUGCGCUCUCGUGUGCGCGUGCAUGACAUGGAAGUUUUAAAAUUUUAUAGAGCGCGAGCUUCCUAAAAGUAACGAAGUCCAUUUGAAUUGCGCCUUAAAGCCGCUAACCGUCGCCAGGGCUUUUCUUAGACGCAGUAUAACUUGAAAGACUGUUUGAAACCUGAAAAGAGAAGAAGAAGGAGAAGAAGAAGACUUAAAUAGGUCGGUGCUUAUAAUAACUUAAUUAAUCGUGAUAAAAGUUAGGACGGUUUUGUCUUUAUUAAAUAUCUUUUAUAUAUCUCUUUAGUCUUAACUUUCGCUUAAAAACAACGUUGAAAAAGAGGAAAUGGUCGAUCAAUCAAAAAUUGAAAUAAUUAAUAUUUUUAAUGAUUUCCUCUUCUUCUAUCUGUCAUGUCAUAAAUUAUUUUAAUUUACUUUCCUUACUGUAAGCUUGUCAACAAAGCUCUUUUCAUUGAGUCAACAUAGCAAAAAAACCUAAAAAUGCUUUCGGGCGCAAAAAUGCACUACUUAGAGGAAAGUAUACGCGGCGAUGCUAAAGAGAAAGCUAACUUAUUAAAUUGUUUCUUCCCUACUGUUGAAAUGAAACUGGCAGACACCAUUAAGCAACAGCACCAGGCACUAACCACAACAUCUAAGCCUGUCCCGUGUAUUUAUAAUGCAAGAGCAUCAUACGCGGUGAAGUCGCGAAAAAACUUUUUGCUUUGAAGACAAACAAAGCCACUGGCGCUGACGGUAUUUCUUGCUUGUAUUGCUUUCUUGUUUUGAUGUUUUCUUUUUCUUUUUUUGUUUUUUUCUCCUAAUCUUAAUUUUCUGCUAAUCAGUCUCCACCUAAAGAAUGCACUUUUCUAAACCGCAUCUAAAAACUUCAAUUAUCUUUUGGCGCCGCCGUCCCUUAUGGCCCUGUUAAUUCCUUUGUAUGUCUGUAUAUAGGCCGAUUUAGAAGGUACGAUUUUUGCUUACGGCUAUCGUGACUAGCUUACGUAAUGACUUCAUGACUUCUUUUCGUUUUAUAAUGAACGCUGCCUCAGCUAAAUAUUUUGCAUUUACUCAUUGUUAAUCUUUUGUUAUUAUAUAUAAGGUUAAUGAUAAUUUUGUAACUUCUGUACCUUUUAUAUUUGUAUGUAAAUGUGUAAUAAAAUGUUGUAAUAAAGCAUUAAAAACUAUGUUUAAAUUUUUUAUAUCUUUUUGUUAGGAUGGCUUAUGCAGUGGAUGCAUAUGAUUUUGAGAUAUCAGAAGAUGACCUUAAACACAUGAAAUAUUACCGUGAGCGGUUAAAUGCGCGUCCAUUAACCACGGCCCUUAGAAGCUUUGACAUCAACGAAAACUACGAGUCGACGCGGUUACCUGGCGUCUAUGAGAUCAGCCAAGACUCUAAAGUCAUCUACAUUGGCGGGAAUCCAUGCCUCUCUAACAUCCGGGACUGUCUAAAUGCCCAUUUUAGUGGAAAUGAUGGACUGCCAAUUGGAGAGUACUUGAGUGGCCCUGCCAAAAACAAAUGGAAGUCGAUUUUCAUUCGCUGGUUGACAUGUGCAAAGCCGAAUGAGGUGGCCUGGUUUUUGCUGAGUGACUUUCAAAUGCAGCAUGGAUGUUACCCUCCUUUUAAUUACCCAGCCGAG